UGCACUGUUGGUGUGCCUUGAGGGCCGUGGUUGGGAAUGCCUGUCCUACAAGGUUAUAACUAUUAGUAUUUAAUUGGGGUUAAUGAUAUCACAAAUAUGCAUGGACACCUGUCUCUUUAGACUUGCCUGGCAGCAGAAGUAGCAUCAGGUGCGUUGCUCCCAUUAGUUCAUGCCUCAGAAGAGGUAGAAGCAGGCUUUACCUAUACUUAACAGGAGGCAACAUACAGUAUGUGGUGAACAGAGAAAAGGAGGAUGGCUAGGAGUAUAACGCACAGGAUUUGCAAAUUAAAAAAUAGUUGAUCUGUCCCCUGGCCCCCUCCCCCCCCAAAUGCCAAAGAGAAAACAGUUGGACUAGAAAUAAUUGGAUAUAUGUGGUGUAGAAACGAUUUGCAAGAAUCAUGUCUAAGAAAAAUAAAGCCAAAGGAGACAAGUGCGAAGUGGAAAUGGAGGCGUUCCAGACCGCCAACGAGGAACUCCGGACAAAACUCACUCACAUCCAAAUAGAAUAUCAGCAGGAGAAAAAUAAGGUGGGCAAGCUUCGCGAGAGGAUACAAGAUGUCAAGCAGGAGCGGGAACAAGAGCAGCACAGACACACCGUGUACGUUACUGAACUGAAGGCAAAGUUGCACGAGGAGAAGAUGAAGGAGCUUCAGUGUGUCCGGGAGGUGAUGAUACGCCAGCAUGAACUAGAUGUCGCACGUGUGGUGAAAAUAAAAGACUCUGAAAUUCAGCGUUUACAGUCGACGGUCAACGUCUUACGGGAUGGGGCGGCGGACAAAGUGAAAACGGCUUUAUUGAAUGAGGCUAAAGAAGAAGCCAGGCGAUCUUUUGAUAGCGAGCGCAUUAAGCUACACCAGGAGAUACUGGAAUUGAAAGCUGGCAAAAAACAAAUGGAGGAAGCGUUGGGCAAUGUCAUGCAGGCGGAUAAAAUGAAAGCCGCAGAUUUGCGGGUAGCUUAUCAAACGCAUCACGAGGAGAUCUCUCGGAUAAAGCGGGAGAGUGAGCGAGAUAUCCGCAGGCUGAUGGAUGAGAUUAAGAGCAAGGAGCGGGUGAUCCUGGCGUUGGAGAAGGAGCUUGGAGUGCAGGCUGGCCACACGCAGAAGUUGCUCCUACAGAAGGAAGCCCUGGAUGAGCAGCUCGUCCAGGCGAAGGAAGCUGAUCGUUACCACAGCAGCCCGAAGAAAGAGCUUCCCACCGGCGUUACCGACAUCUCCGAGCUAAUGGGUCAUGCGAUAAAAGCUAAAGAUGCAAGUCUGCCAAGUAACACGGACCAACAUGUGGACGACCGAGACCUGAGAAGGUUCCAGUUAAAGAUUGCUGAGCUGUAUGCUGUAAUCAGGAAGCUGGAGGACAGGAAUACGCUGCUCUCAGAUGAGAGGAGUGAGCUGCUAAAACGUGCCCGCGAAACGGAAAGCCAGCUGAAACCUCUUGUUGAAAAGAAUAAAAGGAUGUCCAAAAAACAUGAGGACACGUUACAGACAAUACAGAGGAUGGAAGAAAAAAUUAAGGCCUUAUCGAGGGAGAACGCAGAGAAGAAGGAGAAGCUGUCCGCGCUGAGUUCUCUGAAGCACCAUGCCACGUCUGGGGACCUGGGUAUCGCUCAGGAACAAGAGAUUGAAUUCCUGCGACUACAAGUUAUGGAACAGCAGCAAGUUAUUGAGGACAUCACAGUGGAGAGGGAACGGAUGCUGCGAUUCAAAAAGCCGAAGAGAAAAAGCUUGAAGCAUCCAAAGAGGCAUGUUGUGGAGACGUUUUUUGGAUUUGAUGAAGAAUCCGUUGAUUCUGAAACCUCGUCAGUCACCUCAUACAACACCGAUAAAACAGACAGGACACCAGCAACGCCUGAAGAAGACAUUGAAGAUAGUACCCCAAAAGAAGAAGCUGACUUGAGGUUUCGCCAGCUGACGCGAGAGUAUCAGGCAAUGCAGCGGGCAUAUGCCUUACUACAAGAGCAAGUGGGUGGAACGCUGGAUGCUGAAAGAGAAGCCAGAUUUCGGGACCAGUUACAAGUUGACCUGUUCAGGUGCCAGGCGAAGAUUGAAGACUUGGAAAAUUCUCUGUCUGAGAAAGGAAAGGAUUCCAAGUGGGUGGAAGAGAAACAGCUGCUUCUGCGGAAGAACCAUGACUUGUUAGAAAAGAUCUUUAAAUAUGAACUGGACGAGAGCCAGCUGAAGAACGACAUCCAGGAUGCAAGAGACCAGAACGAACUGUUAGAAUUCCGCGUUCUAGAGCUAGAAGAGAGAGAACGAAGGUCUCCAGCCUUUAACCUCCAUAUAGCCAGCUUCCCAGAAAAUAAUGGAAGCGCUCUACAGCUUUUCUGUCAGCAGGAAGGAAUUAAGGAUGUGGAUAUCUCAGAGCUUAUGAAGAAGCUGGAUAUACUUGGAGAUAAUGGGAAUUUGCGGAAUGAAGAGCAGGUGGCAGUAAUCCAGGCGGGAACUGUGCUGUCACUCUGUGAGAAGUGGUUAAAGCAGAUUGAAGUGACGGAAGCCGCCCUGACACAGAAGAUGAUUGAUGUGGAAAAUGAGAAGGUAAGACUGCCAGAACUGUUCAGCAAGCAGAAAGGCUACUUAGAAGAAGAACUUGACUACCGGAAGCAAGCUCUUGAUCAAGCACAUAUGAAAAUCCAGGAUCUGGAGGCCACGCUCUAUAACGCUUUACAGCAUGAGCCCGGGAGGAGAGUCAGCGAAUGCCUGAAUGAGGCGCAGAGGGAAGACUUGCGGGCGGCGGUGGAAAAACUAAGACGGCAGAUCUUGCGUCAGAGCCGGGAGUUUGACAGCCAGAUCCUGCAUGAGCGUAUGGAACUCUUGCAUCAGGCACAACAGAGAAUCCGUGAACUUGAAGACAGGAUAGAACUUCAAAAACAGCAACUCAAAGAAAUAGAGGAAAAGUUUUUGUUCCUUUUUUUGUUUUUCUCACUAGCAUUCAUUUUGUGGCCUUGACGAUCUAUUCCAGCGAACAAAAAUGGAUUUGAGAAGAGCACAUGGGAUACACAGCUGAUUCUUCUGCAACUGCCAAAACAGACACACUGAUUCCAUCUUAUUUUUUAACCACGGGACUGGCUAGGAAUGCCAGCUAUCUCCUUCAAUUAUCCGUUUUGUAACUAUUUAGAUUUUAAAUGGACUAACUUUCUUGUACAGCAAUAGUCCUGCUAUUCAGAGACUCUAAUAAAAUGAAUUAAAAAAUGACAGUAAAUAAAAAAUUCUAAUAUACA